CGCUCGGUUUGAAGUGUCCCAUCCUAGGGUGAUGGCAUUUAGCUCUUGGCAGCGGUCGCACCCCGUGGAUGCCAGGUGUCCAGGCUGAGCCAGCGUCCCGAGCUAGCGGCCCACGGGCUGCUGUGCAAGAGAAGAGGCGUGGGGGAGAGCACUGAUUGUUAACUUCUCUGGAUCAUGAAUUAAAACCUGAUUUGCAGUAAAUUUGCUGCCAAGAAGAGGAGCAAUGAAUUCCUCAUUUCAUCUGUAUUUCUUGGAUUUCAACCUGAAUGCCACAGAGGGCAACCUUUCGGAACCAAAUGUCAAGAACAAGUCUUCAUCAUGUGAAGAAAUGGGCAUCGCUGUGGAGGUAUUUCUGACUCUGGGUCUCAUCAGCCUCUUGGAGAACAUCUUGGUCAUAAGUGCCAUAGUAAAAAACAAGAACUUGCACUCUCCCAUGUAUUUCUUUGUGUGCAGUUUAGCAGUAGCUGACAUGCUGGUGAGCAUGUCCAAUGUCUGGGAGACCAUUACCAUAUACUUAAUAAAUAAUAAGCACCUGGUUAUAGCAGAUGCCUUUGUGCAUCACAUUGACAAUGUGUUUGACUCCAUGAUUUGCAUUUCUGUGGUGGCUUCCAUGUGCAGUUUGCUGGCCAUUGCGGUGGAUAGGUAUGUCACUGUCUUCUAUGCCCUACGCUACCACCACAUCAUGACAGUGAAGCGUUCUGUAGUGAUUAUUGCAUGCAUCUGGACCUUUUGCACAGGCUGCGGCAUUGUUUUCAUCGUUUACUAUGAAUCCAUUUAUGUCAUCAUUUGCCUCAUCUCCAUGUUCUUUACCAUGUUGUUCCUCAUGGUGUCUCUGUAUAUACACAUGUUCCUCCUGGCACAGACUCAUGUCAAGCGAAUAGCAGCUCUUCCUGGAUACAGUUCUGUGUGGCAAAGGACCAGCGUGAAAGGCGCCAUCACCCUGACCUUGCUGUUGGGCAUUUUCAUCGUGUGCUGGGCUCCUUUUUUCCUCCAUCUCAUUUUGAUGAUCUCUUGCCCUCAGAACCUCUACUGUUCUUGUUUUAUGUCUCACUUCAAUAUGUACCUCAUACUCAUAAUGUGUAAUUCUGUGAUUGAUCCUCUGAUAUAUGCCUUCCGCAGUCAAGAGAUGCGGAAGACCUUUAAAGAGAUUAUUUGUUGCCAUAGCUUUAGAAUACCCUGUAGGUUCCCUAGCAGGUAUUAAACUAAAAUAUUCCCUGCAGUUUUCUUUUCUACUUCCUUUACCUUUUGAUGAAGUCAGGUACAGCCAACGGGUAAGCGAGAUAACUCAAAAUAAAAAACUGGGUAUUCCCUUUAUCUUUUUUCCGUCUCGAAUUUGUACUUAAGAUGCGUUCUUUCUUUCCUUCCUUUUUUUUUUUCCCCUGUGGUGGUUGUUGGGUCAGCUGUGCAUAUGCCACUUAUCUAUUGUGAGAAUGGUCUGUGACAAUUUCUUAUUGUCCUGUUUUUUUCUUACUUUUUCUUCUGCCCCCACCCAUUUAUGGGGCCCCCAUCCAUCUUCCAUCUAGUAAGUGUGUGCUCAGGGAAGGUAAAACAUCCUGGGUGCAGGCAUACGCAUGAUGAAGAGCUGACUGUAAUGGAAAGAAAACUUGUGAAUAUCUAUAUCAUGGGUGGUUGCUUUUUCUCCCUAGAAGCAGUUCUGUAACUUCAAUUGAUGUUAUUGGGACUCAUGCAUGCUUUUGGGGCAGAAUAGAGUGGUCAAAUUCUUUCCAUUUGAAAUUUCCUGUUCAUUUGUCAUGGGAUGUCUCUACAGCUCUCUUUUCCUAAACUUUUGGUUUUAUGGCUUGUGUCCAUAAUUGUCCAAGGAUAGAAUUAUACUUCUGUCAAUCAUGCUUUUUUACUUGUCUCAAUAUAAAACUUCCUGCUACAAACCUUGCCUCGUGUAGUGUGAAAGUUUCCGUAACUCUUUUACUGUCUUAUUCUAACUCAGUCCAGGGUUUCCAAAUGAGUGUUGCGGGGACAUGUUGUGGGCUCCCCCACGUCCCUUCCCCACUGUAGCACAUGCCCAUAGGAAAGUUAUUUUUUACCUUCUUAGACUGGGUCUGUCUUUGAGUCUGAAAUCCUGUCACGGUGUACUCUGCACAUCACAAUCUGACUCCAGCAGCCAGAGAAAGGCAGGUGCCCAUCUCUAAUCCAGGGAGUCCGUCUUCUCCAAUGUAGAAUGGAGCUCAGGUCCUGACUCUGCCAUUAACAGGUGAUGUCACUUUAAUCAUUUUAUUUCAGGUUCCAAGAAUGUCUCUUGGUCUCAGUGUUCUUAUCUGAAGUGAAGGGGUUGGUCCUUAUAGCUCUUGCAUUCCAUCCUAUUAUUUUUGGUGUUAAUGAUUUUUGUUUUGUUUAUUCACAUCUGGACUGUUUCCAAUGAAGGAAAAGUGUAAAUAAAGCAGUGGACCAUGAGGAGCACUCAACUAUGAGCUGUUGAAGCCUACUGGGGCAGAGGAACUUCCUGGGUGUCAGAUACAUAAAUAACUUAUAGACGUGACCCCCACCUCUGGCAGCUAACAGUCCAGGAAAAAAAAAUGAUGCUGGCACAAGCAGGAAAGCAAUGAGACAUGCAAAUCUUUGGAAAAUGGCAAAUUAGUAGGUUGUGGGCAACUGAGUUUUGAAGGGGCAGCUAGCCCUUCAAAUGUUUCCUGUUCCUUUUAGCAGAACACGCUGUGUGUAUCCAUGAAUGAAAAGUAAGUGAUCUCCAUGUAAUUAUGAUGGGAAACCACAGUCCAUCUUUACAUGGGAUGUCUCAGGAAGCUAGGUUCUGUGAAAGCCAGCCUCUCUGCUGUCCUGCUCAUGUCUGUGGCCCUGUUGCCUAAGUUUUUGGUACAGAGUAUGCACUCAACUGAUGUUUAUUAUUUGUUGCUAAACAAAUGUGUACCUAAUCUGCUGCUUAUCAGCCUUGAGUGCUAAGUGAGGUCACUAGGGUUCCAAUCCUAUGAGAAAUCAAACUUCAGCUCUUGUGGUUUGUAUUGGCCCCAUCUGUGAACUCAUUCUCAUUAGGCUCUCUGCUUUGUGUGCUUCAUGACUUCGGACAAUGUCUGACUUUUACUAUAAAGGUUUUUAAGUAAAUGCUCAAAUGUCUUUUUAUCUCUGUGUAAAUAGUGCGGAAAUAACCCAAGUAUUCAGAUGUGUCUUCAUUUGGGUGGAAUUCAUGUAUAUAGUGAUUCAGUAAAUAUCUGUAAAUGAGCCAACCCUUGGGACUCCAAUACAAAGUCCCCCAAACAAAAACAAUCCAUAUAAUUGUCAAAGACUGUAUGAUAUUGUAUAUUAACUCUUUUUUGUUUCUGUAGGAGCUUUAUUUGGUAUAAAAAUAUGUGUUCAAAGAAAUGGUUCAUUAAAUGAAAAGACCAGACCACCCCUUUGAAGUGGUCAUUCUGAUGUGUGAUAUUCAGUGUUUCUGAUGUUUCUGCCAAUUUGUCAGCAGCUGCUGCAAAAUGAGAAGGUAUAUUUAUUGGUGAAUUAUGAUGAAGCUUUCCUGACAUAUUUAUUGCUUGAACAAUGGCCAUUUCUCAGUUCAAAAUAAUUUAACUCCUAAAAAUAA